AACACACACAAAUAUCACAAAGCAAGAGCUCAAAAAAAAGACACCAAGCAACAAUGUCGAAAAUCUCAAAGGUUUCUUCUUUCUGUUUACUCCUCCUCCUCGUCUUCUUCCUCAGUUCUCAACCUACACUCUCACUCCGUGUCCCAAAACCACAAUCAGAAACAGCAUCACCUCAAACCAUGAUCGAUGAUUCGUCUCCAAUGGGAAUGAUCGACCAUGCAAAAUCCAUGAUUUCUGGAUUCUUCAGCCACAAGUUUCCAUUAAUGGGCUGGCCUUUCCCCAAGUACCCACCCUUCACAAUGGUUAACCCUAACAUCCCAACAAACCCAUCUGGAGCUCAAGAGGAAUCAGAGAAGCUACCUUCUUCCCCAAGUAAUCUUAACAAAGAUGGAGGAAACGCAUGAAGACUUAUGAAGUUUACUUGUGCUCAAAAACACUUAUAUGGUUUUACAUUUCAUAAAAAAAAAUAAAAAUUGUAUCUUUAACAAUUGAAUGGUAAGACAAAGAAGAUAUUAUCUAUCUA